CCUGGAGUAGCCAAUCGGCCAAUCCUCAAAGCAGACACGAAAUGGCUACUACAAGACUCAUUUCAACUCUUGUGCUCUGUCUGCUCCUCCUCCUCUCUAGCUCCACCGCCACCCAUAGGAGGAAAAUCCGGUCGCGCCGGCCCUGUAAGCAGAUGGUGUUUUACUUCCAUGACAUUCUUUACAAUGGCAAGAAUGCCAAGAAUGCAACUUCAGCCAUAGUGGGUGCACCUGCAUGGGGCAACAGGACGAUCUUGGCAGGACAAAACCAUUUUGGUAACUUGGUCGUUUUCGAUGACCCCAUUACCUUAGACAACAAUCUACAUUCAACCCGGGUUGGACGGGCUCAAGGCUUUUAUCUCUAUGACAGGAAAGAUUACUUCACAGCUUGGCUAGGAUUUUCGUUUGCGUUCAACUCCACUCAGCACAGAGGAAGCAUUACAUUUGCGGGGCCUGAUCCCUUGAACAAAACAAGGGACAUCUCCGUGAUUGGUGGAACUGGGGAUUUCUUCAUGGCUCGAGGGAUAGCCACGUUGAUGACCGAUGCAGUUGAGGGGGAAGUUUAUUUCAGGCUUCAGGUUGAUAUCAAGUUAUAUGAGUGUUGGUAACCAGUGUCCUUCGUCACUCAAGGAUUGUUUUCUCUUAAGUUGUUCACUUGUAUGUUUGCUAUCAUGUUUUCUUUUCGUUUUAUAUUUUAAUUUUUAUCGUGUUUAUAUUAUUUGAAUUUAAAAAAUUCUGAUUAUUGAUGUUUUUCUGAAUUUAAAAAGUUAUCAUAUUUCAUAA